GAGCAGGAGCAGAGGGAGCCUGGAGCCGCGAUGCUGGAGCUGGUACCGGACGAGGAGUUCCUGUACAAAGAUGGGAGGAAUAGACUGUCCAUCCGCCGGCGAUGGAAGCUGCUGGCCGGCGUUUUCUUCGCUGUGCUGGCUGCCGCUUACCUCGCCCUGGUGGGAUACUUCGCCGUUUAUAGGAACUUCUUCCCAGCCAAGGGCUUUGAAGUAAAUGGAUCUUUCAGUCCAGGUGGGGACCUACUGGAGUACUUGCUUCAACAAGGAAUGAUUGACAAGAAGGAUGGGCUGCUGGUAACGUGGCACCAUGCUGCAAAUAGCAAGAGCGAAAUGGAGGCAGCCUUGAAAGGGAGUGCAAUGGUACUGGAAGCAGAUGUCAAUCUUGAAGGACUCAACACUCAAAACGAGACUGGUACCCCCGUCAUGGCUCACCCACCCAGUAUCUACAGUGACAAUACCUUGCAGGAAUGGCUGGAUGCUGUCAUCAGAUCUAAAAAAGGUAUCAAGCUGGAUUUUAAAAGCAUUGAUGUGGUAAACCCUUCCCUGGACAUCCUGGUAAAGAAAUAUAAUGAAAUUCAUUUCAACCGACCAGUCUGGCUAAAUGCUGACAUUCUGAUUGGCCCAAAUGUCCCAGGAUUUAUGCAUCCGGUCAAUGCAUCCAGGUUCCUGGGUCUUAUUCAGCGAAAGUUCCCGAGUGUAAUCCUCUCUCCUGGCUGGAUGUCUCUGUACUUACCAGUAAUUGCAACUAAACCUUACACUCGAAAGAUGGUGGAGGAAAUGUAUGACUUGGUGAAGGGUUUAUCACAACGUGUCACAUUCCCCGUCCGAGCUGUGUUGUUGAAGCGAGCUUGGCCACAUUUUAGUUGGCUACUCAGUCAGUCUCCAAGGUAUAGCCUUACCCUAUGGCAAGGAUCAAUUGAUCCCAUCACUGUGGAAGAUCUUUUAUUCUUCAGAGAUAAUAGCAACGUUGAGCAAAUCUAUUAUGACAUUUAUGAACCAGUUUUGUCUAAAUUCAAACAAAUUGCACUGCAGACAAACCGAACCAGGAGGUUUUACCCUGGAGGGAAACUCAUGGAUUAUUUCCCCCACCAAAAUCUUGAUGAACUGCAGAUCAAAUGGUUUGACAUUGGAUCCACAGAACUUGAAUUGAUGGAAUUACUUCAAGGAAAUGUUGGAGGAAUGCUUAUUCUGAAUGUGAAGAUAAAAGCUAACGAUGCCAUUCCAGUGGUAGUAGGUGCGGAAAAGGGUUUGGAAUUUCCCUUGGAAUCAGCUCUAAAUUGGAUUGCAACCUCAUCCAAGCCAUGGGGCAUCUACCUGAAGAUAAAAUCCCAGGAGGCAUUGGCCCCAACCUUAUAUCUGCUUGAACGGGUUUACACAGCACACCUUCUCCUCAAGCCUGUAUGGAUUAGCAUGGAUCUCUCUUACGGUAGUUUUAGCACCCAUGGGUACAUUGAGGGAAAGCAAUUCAUCAAAACCAUCAAUGAUAUAUUUCCUUUUGUAACUAUAGCUCCUAGCUGGCCAAAAGAAGUGCUCACCCAUGGUUAUACACAGCCAUUAGUAGAAGACAUGCUAAAUCUUUGCCAUGGGCUAUGGCAAGCAGUGUCCUUCCAGCUUCAGGCUGUUGCUCUGGGUAAAUCAUGGAAAGCCACCACUCAACUACUGCAGGCUUCCCCUGCCUACACUCUGACAGUGGAGCAUCUACGCGAGCAAGGCAGCUACUUGGAUGGGUUUCAGGGCCUGAUAAACAUUCGAACAUACAGCACUCGUAGGAUUUAUUACCGCUUACCUCAAGAUUAUAGAAACAGUUUUCACAACGAUGUCUUCACAUCCUAAAAAAUUUUUUGUGAGUUUUUGUGUAUCACUAACCACUCCUGCCUUUUAGGCAGGCAAAUCAUUUUUAAGCUCUGAGUUAUAACUCCCUAUUUCUGAACCACCGAAAUUAUUAGCUAAAUUUUGUCAUAUUUAUAAGCUACAACCUUAUCAAUUUUGAAUAUUUUCUUAAUUUAGUAGAGAUAAAAAUUUAAGAUUUUGAUACCAAAGGUAGUUUUAUAAAUUUUGAUUAUAAAAUUUGGCAAAAAGUCUGUCAUACAUAAGAGAUAGAGGUGUAUUUUGUUGGUGUUGCGAGCAGCUUUCCUCAGUCAGGUUGUUGCAAUUACAUUUCUCGGUUUUCCCAUGAAACAGAGACCUUGACCCUGUUUUGCUCAUCUACCCUUGUGAGGUAACAAGAAGUGCAAUGAGAGCCAUCAUUUCAUACAUCGCUAACCCACCAUGCAGGUUUGUGAAAGCUCAAGUAACACAGAUAUCAGCUAUACAUACAGCAGUGAUAAAUCUGAAUAGCAGACUGCAGUGCGAGCUGUGGCCUUAAUUUCUGUGAAACCACAGUGUUAAAAUAUUUUCAUUUUUCUUUAAGAUUGAAGCCAAGUGAUGCUUGACACUACAAAGCUGUUAACUCACACUCCAGAGAGCCACUCGCUUUGAUUUGUAAGUGAAUGAUUUAGACAAAUCUCACUCUUAAAGUUCCAAUAUUUAAAUAAUGAAUUAUCCCUUGAUUUCUGAUCGAAAAACUCAAAUAUUGGGAUUGUAGACUUGUUCACCAAGCUGGUGUGUUUGAUGGCAGACGUUUCGUCACCCUGCUAGGUAACAUCGUCAGUGCGCCUCUGGUGAAGCACUGGUGUUCGGUCCCACUUGUUGUUUAUAUGCCUCAGUUUUCUCGGGCUGGUUGGCAUCAUUUUUGGUUCUGGAUGAAGACUGACAGUAAGGAUACAUGAACACCAACUAGCCACCAAGAGACACGACCAAUUCUCACUGGUCUCGAUACACGUGGACAAAGGACACAAAUUCAUCUGGGACAACACAUAACAGCACAAGCCAAACAGAGACAUGCCGAGGAAUUCCUGGAAGCCUGGCAUUUCAACCGGAACUCCAUCAACAAACAUGUUGAACUGGACUCGAUAUACAAAUCACUGAAAAACAGAACUGGAAGUGAUACCACCCACCCCAACAAACUGAGGCUAAUAAAUAACAAGCAGGACCGAACACCAGUAUCA